GGCGAAGGUUGUGUGAAGGCAAAACGAAGGCGGGAGGAAAGGCGGCGGUGACCUUAUCACCAACCAAUAGAAGAGAAGAGGGGGAAAAAAGGAAGACCUUUAAAGUGGAGCUUCGGAGGCGUGGGAAGGAAGACAUGGAUGCCGCGAUGGGGCGGAAGCAAGGGAGGUCCGGGGAGAAGUCUAACUUCGCUGUCGUCUGCAGCCUCCUCAGCCAGUACAUCAAGGAGAAGGGCAGCGUCGUCGCCGACUUGGGCCUCGGAGUGCCACCACCGCCUCUGGACGCGCCUAAAGGUAAAUCUGAAGCGUUCCGGCCUCCUCCGACCACCAUGAUGUUGUUGCCCGGCGCGGACGUAUCGGGCGGCGAGGGAGAAGGGGAGAGGACGGGCGAAGAGGAGCUCCGUGUGGACACAAUGGAGCUGUUCCCGCAGCGUGCCGGUUUCGGGCCUUCCUCCGUCACGGCUUUGGCGGCGGACGGGAAACCCGGCGACGCAUCCGAUGUCAGGGAACCAAAAAGGGCACAGUUGACAAUCUUCUAUGGUGAUAAAGUCCUGGUUUUUGACAGUUUUCCAUCUGAUAAGGUGAAGAACCUGAUGCAAUUAGCAAGCAAGGUGACUUCCACCAUGCAAAACUCCUGCUAUGUGGAACCUUCAUCAUCAGCUUUGGCAGCCGCAGUCGUGGAUCAUCAUCCUACUAAUUUGUCCAAUCAAGAGACCAAGUUCACGACUUCUUCUGUGAGCAAUUCAGUCGCUGCUCACAGCGAUCUGGAAAGAACAGCGCAAUCUGAUCUUCCCAUAGCUAGAAAAUCUUCGCUCCAGCGGUUCCUCGAGAAGAGAAAGGAUCGGAUCAGUGCGAAGUCACCUUAUCAAGUUACUGGUUCCUCUGAAUCGCCUGCUCCUGUGAAGCCAGAAGAUGGCAAACCAUGGCUUGGCUUGGGUCAGUAGAACUGGAAAUGCAGACUUGGCCUAAACUUAAAAGAGGAGCAAAUAACCAUACGUUGAUGUACUAGGCAAAGACCUGCUUGCUGUUCUGAUGUCUCUGAAGAGGAAGAGGAGGAGUACUGCAAUUUUUAGGACGGACAAGCACAAGAAUUUGGCUUUUGAGGGUUCAGAAGUUGUAAUGUUGUCAUGUUGGUGAGAAAGGGGAUUCUGUCUUUGUAGGCAAACUCAUGGCUGUCAUAUGGAACCCAAGAUGAAAGUGUAGCAAGCAUCUGUGUUACUAAUUGCAGAUGAUCAACUUACCUUUUAUGUCUAUUGUUGGCAAUUUGGAUUGUUCUUGAUAAGUAAUGA